AUGUACUCCCGUACUCAGUACGGACCGGUGGCCACGCACACGCCCUCCAUCACGACCAAGGAGGACGGCAGCACCGAGGUCGUCGACGCGGCGCCGCACGACCUGACGGCCUCGGUCUUCACCAGCACCUACUACGGCAUCGUGACGACGUCGACGGGCGAGCCUCCCAUCCCGUCCGCUACCGGCAAGGACGGCGACGGCGCUUUCGCGCGCUGCGUCAACCUCGACGGCGACGGUGCGCCGCUCUGCGAUCCCGAGCCUUCGAGUACAAUGUUUCAGGGGACGACGUAUUAUGUCACCUGGGACCCCGACUACUUCAACGAGACAACCGUCUCCGCCAACGCGACGGUCGAGGUAUCCCUCCGGCUGGAAUACCUGAACCGCACGGCCGAGAAGGAAGCACCCGACUACUCCGACACGGACGACUGGGAGACGGAAGGCUGGGCCAAGCUGGACCAGACCAAACCCGUCCCAGCCGAGUGGGGGUACUACCCUCUGUACAUCAGCAGCAAGUACUUCAAGGGCCCGAAGCCGCACAACAUAACGGUGCAGCUGGUGGUGGGCAGCAACGGCAGCGAGGUGCUCGACAAGACGGGCAGCGCCAUCCCGCUGGUCCUGGACAAGCACUCGCCGCCCGACGACGGCCCGACGGAAAUCAAGCACCGCGACCUCGUCAUCGCCCUGCCCGUCGUCUUCGGCAGCAUCUUCUUCAUGGUGGUGGGCGUGUGCAUCUGGAACCGCAAGACGCGCCGCAUCGACCUCGGCAACAUCAUGGGCCGCAGCCGGAAGGGGUACACCGGCCGCAAGACCCGCCGCCUCUUCAGCCGGCGCGACAAGGGUUUCGGCGGCGCCAGCAGCUUGGCCGGCGGCCCCGGAUCCAUCCGCCUCGAGGAUAGGGGCGCCACCGCCGAGGAGUCCCGCGCCUUCACCGACCCGCUCUAC